AUGGCACCCCGGAAAGUCAACCCGGCCUCGUCGUCGGCGGCGUCAAACGGCAACCACUCCACCGAGCGCACGCCUCUCCUCCAAGUCGACGAGCCCACGACCCCUCUCCCCAUCACCCCGCAAGACGAAAACGCCAUCCCGCCAAAUGAGUUCGACCUCUUACUCUCCAGGUCCAUUCCCUCCACGGGACCCUUCCUCGAGCCCGAGUCGACCGUGAACCCCCUCCUCCGCGGUCCCCGGCGCUACAGCACGGCCUCCAAACACCGCCGGCCCUCGCUCGCAAGCCGCUCCGACCGUGCCUCCGAGGCCGGAGGCAUCGCCGCCGUCGACGACGACAACGACAGCGACAACGACAACGACGAUGCCGUCUCCAUCAGCAGCAGCGUCGCCUCGACACCGUUCCUAAACGGCAUCUCCCGCUCCCGCUUCUGGUUCAUCUUCUCCGAGAUCCUCCUCACCUACUUCAUCGCCUGCUUCGACGGCACCAUCAUGGCCUCGUCCCACCCCGUCAUCACGUCCUACUUCAAGGCCUCCAACAGCGCCUCGUGGCUGUCGACGGCAUUCUUGUUGACGUCCUCGGCCUUUCAGCCCAUCUUGGGCCGGUUGUCGGACAGCGUGGGCCGGAAGCCGCCGUACGUCGCCACCAUGGUCAUCUUUUGCCUCGCGACGGUGUGGUGCGCGCUCGCGCAGAGCAUGACGAGCUUCAUUCUCGCCCGGGCGGCGUGUGGACUUGGCGCCGGCGGGAUGAUGACGCUGGGUAGUAUCAUUGUUAGCGAUUUGGUUCCAAUUGAGAACCGCGGCGCAUACCAAUCCUACAUCAACAUGAUCUAUGGCGUCGGCUCCGCCCUCGGCGCGGCCUUGGGCGGCGCCAUGGCCGACCACCUCGGCUGGCGCUGGGAAUUCGGCAUCCAGGUCCCGCCCCUCAUCAUCUGCUGCAUCAUUGCCAUGAUCGCCGUCCCCAGCGACCUGGGCAUGGCCGGCACCAAGCGGGAGAGCUUUGUCGAGGCCCUCAAGGCUUUUGAUUUCAAGGGCUCCAUCCUCCUGACCACGGCCAUCACCUUCUUCGUUCUGGGUCUUAACCUCGGAGGAAAUGUUCUCCCUUGGUCCCAUCCUCUCGUAAUCGCAUCUCUCGCCAUCUUUGGCGUCUGCUUCCCCGUCUUCCUCUACGUUCAAUCCUACGUCAGCCGCCCCAUCAUGCCCCUUUACCUCGUCCGCCGCUCGCCCCGAAUGAACCUCAUCUUUUCAAACUUCUUUGCGGCUCUCCUCAGCAAUGCCAUCCUCUUCAACAUCCCCCUCUUCUUCCAAGCCGUCCUCCUCACAACAGCAACCUCGUCAGGCCUCAACCUCGUCCUCCCCUCCAUCGUCUCCUCCAUCGUCGGCACAGCAACAGGCUUCCUAAUCACCUACACACGCCGCCUCAAAUGGCCUGCCCUUACCGGCGCCGUAGGCCUCCUCGUCGGCACAAUCGCCCUCUCCACCAUGCGGCGCGGCUGGCCCUCCUGGGUCUACCUCCUCUGCCUCGUCCCCUCCUCCAUCGGCCAGGGCUUCCAGUUCCCCGGAACCUUCAUGGCCGUCCUCGCCGCCAGCGAACAGCGCGAGCAGGCUGUCGUGACCAGCACCCUCAUCCUCUGGCGCUCGCUCGGCAUGGUGUUGGGCGUGGCGAGCAGCAGUCUCGUCGUGCAGAAUGCGCUGGUGGGGUAUCUGGACGAGUACGUACAGGGCCCGGACAAGGACGAGGUGAUUCGCAAGGUGAGGGAGAGCGUCGAGUCGAUUGUGAAGUUGCCGGCUGCGUACCGCGAGCAGGUCGUCAUGAGUUACGAGGCGGCUUUGCGGACAACGUUUUUGUGUUGUGUCGUGAUUGCUUUUGUCUCGGUGGCCCUGCUUGUCCCAAUCAAGUUACCCAGACUGGGUGCGAGGAAGACAAGCCGGUAA